UCACAUGAUAGCCAGGGAGAUUUCGGGGAGGAGAAAAGGUUUUUCUUUGCAGUCGUUCGUCAUAUGAUUAAAAGUCCAGCGGAAAACUGAAAAUGUUGCGGAUUUGCGUGAUUUUCUCGCUGUUUAUUGCAGCCAUCAACGCCGCUGGCGAGUUCACGGUGCUGAAUCGCCCCAAGGCAAUCAGUUUCAAGGGCAACGAUGCACUGGAGAGCCACUACGUGGGCGAUGUGCUCUACGCCUCCCUGGGCAACGCCGUCACCGGCGACUCCAACUGGAGCGGCCUGACCAUCAACGAUCCCUUCAAUCUGGCCAAGGGCGUCAUCGUGGUGCACGUCCAGGGCAUCAGUCACGUGACCACCGCCGGCAACGUCAAGUCCUACGAGCUGACCGGAUCCGGAACGGACGCCUCUCUGAACGCCCUGGCCGCCGAACUGGAAGCCGCCAACGAGCCCGUCUGCGACAUCAACUUCGAGCAGUUCGACGAUGGCGUUCAAGCCUGGAAGUCCUGCUUUGGCGACUUUGAGACCCCCGCUGCCAAGCCCACCAAGCACCUGAACCCCUCGCUGCACUCCGCUGACAAGCAGUUCUUGCAGGAGGUUGGAUUCAUCAACGCUGCAUCCGAGCAUCUGGCCGAGAUGGCCAAGCCCUCGAAUGUCCUGCUGAUCCGCGUCUCCGUCGAUGGAGUGGCCAAGGCUCAUGGCGAGAAGUCCGUGGCCGUGGAUGAGGCCAACAAGCUGCUGUCCGCCGCCAUUGGCCGCCUGCUGGCCGCGUCCCAGAAGUCCAGCGACUCGGUCCUGUUUGUCCAGACCACGGAGAAGGAUGUGGCUGCAUCGCGCGCCAAGCGUGACACCCUCGCUGCUUCCACCACCAACCCCUUCAACCUGGCUGUGUACUACAACAGCGACUACCCCGUGAUCUUCAACAUCAUCCUCUGGUUCAUGGUCGUCUUCGGACUGUCGCUGCUGGCCAUCUGCUAUGCCAUCGCUGCCAUGGAUCCCGGCAGGGACUCGAUCAUCUACCGCAUGACCUCCACCCGCAUCAAGAAGGAUAACUAAGCGCAGGAGGAGCAGAGGAGCGGAGGAGCUUGCGUUACGCUUUGUUAUUUCGUCCCCUUUUUGAGUUGCAAUUGGCCAACUUCUACUUCAAUCCAACAGCGGAUAAACUGUGUGUGUGUGUGUGCGUACAGCUGUCGCAGUAGUUGGCUCUAUUAUCUAUACAUAAGUAUUAACAAACUUAUCAGUUUUCGAUGCAGUUGCGGCUGAGCAACAAUUCCAUAGCAAUUUGUUACAUUUUCCUGUUUUGUUGUACUUUUUAGGUUUAUAUAUAUACGAAUAUGCACAACAUACUCGCCAAGUCAGUCAGUUCUUCAAUCGAUUCAUCAUAUGUAAAUUAUCAAAAUGUGAAGUGUUAAAAAGUAACGUUAAAUAUAUAUAGCCUAAAAAGACAA